CCCUGUUUGUUCAUCACAAGACUGAAUCGGGAGAAUUCUGAAUAUACACAGGAACUAUGAUGAAGGGUUUAUCGAUCUAUGCAUUUGUUUUUUUAUUUAUUUUUGAGAAAUGUCAGACUGACUCCAGGUCCUGUGGGUAUCCCCCAUCCCAGUGGUGUAGAAGUCUGGAAAUCGCAAUAGAAUGUGGGGUUCUGAAGCAGUGUAUGGAGCUAAAUGCCACCAGGCCUGACCCAUCUGUCCCUCUGGUAGAGGUUGCUGUGUACUAUGACAGCCUUUGUCCUAGUUGGAGAACUUUCCUGACUGGUCAACUCUUCCCUACCUGGACAAUGCUCAGAGAUAUCAUAAGGGUGAUACUCGUCCCUUAUUGCAAUGCAAAGGAACUUCCUGACCAGAAGGUGUUUUCAUGCCAGCACAACAAGCCUUAAGGUCAAGCUAACAUGCUUGAGGCUUGCAUUUUGAAUGUCACUGACCAUUCAGCAUUUCUGAUUAUCCACUGCAUGGAGUCUUCAUCGGAUGUGAUAAACGCAGCCCGGCCUGUGCGUAAAACUCUCAUACAGUUGUAUGCCCCAUCAGUGGAAUGGGAGACUGUGGAAUCAUGCAUGAGAGGAAGUCUCGGACCACAGCGCACACAUGUACCUUGUUCAUUUAACAGAUGCCAUUUUCAGAGUACAUCAUUUCCUACGCAUCUUAAAUGAUUUGCAGUAUAUUUACUGUACAUA